AUGACGUCCAGCGAGAAACGAUCGCGGUCCUCGGAGAACAAGGAGAGGCCGUACAACAGCCAGCAAUAUCAGCACCAGCAGCCCCAGCAGAAGGAAAACCACAGUAGUGAACAUCAGGGUACCCAAGCACGGUCUGACCCUAAUAUGAGGGAGGCGGCGCGUCAGCACCGCAAGGGUAGUGGCGCGCACCACUCUGAACACGAGGAGCGCAGCCAGUCUCUGACGGAGAGGUAUCAGCACCGAGUGGAGCAAGCGUCGUCGGUGUGGCUGAGCGGCAUCCUGAACGGCCACAGCUACGCACCGCGGCCCAAGAAGGUGGAUGAGGCGGCGCUGAGCGACACCGCCAAGGAGGAGCUGCUGAGGAAGCGAACGUACACGAUUCCGCGUGGGUACAAGUACCACAAGGAUGACCUGCCCCCGAUUCUGAACCAGGUGCCACAGAAAGGCUUCCGAACGGCCCUUAUGAUCCACAUGAUCUUCUUCGGUAUCGCAUUUGUCUUCACGCUGGCAGCUGCCUGCCCCAUCCCAUGGUACCGUGGCAGGAACGUCGAUGCUGGCGGGAUAAACUACAAGGACCGUUUGUUUUCUCUGUGGAAGGCGGAGGGUGGCAGCUACGCGGUCGUGUGGGUGCAUCAGAUGAAGGGCUGCCCUUUGGAGAAGCAGUUCUACCAGGCCAUCGCCGUGUCCACCAUUGUGGGCUGCGUGCUCUCCCUCCUCUCUCUUCUUACCUCUGGCGUGCGCCUCGCCGGUCAUAUCUCCUACGGCUGGAUCUUACUCUUUAGUUUCCUUGCCUUCGCCUGGACGCUCUGCGGCAAUGCAAUGUCGAUCAGCUUCUAUUAUUCCUCUCGCUGCAAGGCGCCACGGUUUUCAAACACGGCGCUCCUCGACGCCGGCUUCGCGCUGUCGCUGCUGGCGUGGGUCUUCCAGUUGGCCGGCCUCCUGGUCAUUGUUCUGGUGACAAAGGUGAACGUUGGCCCAGUGCUGAAGCAGCUGCGUGUGAUGGACACGUACUACAUGGCGCUGCUGUGCGUGUCGCUCCUGUUUCUGUGCGUGACAAACACGGGCACUGUGUGGAAACGCCGGUUCAACACCCGUGACGUGAACGUGGUGCGUGUGACGUACUGGCACACGGAGCUCAUUAUGCCGAACGGCACCAGCCUCUACUAUGGUCGGGGGGACUAUCGCUGCAGUGCCUAUAGCAAGCGCAUGAAGGCGAGUAUCUCAUUUCUCAUCCUGUCCAGUAUCGCGCUAUUUAUGGCCAUUAUGCUGGCGAUCCCGGCCUUCCUCGCGCGCGGCUGCCGCAUCGCCUCGAUCGUCUUCUCCGUCAUCACGCUCGUGUUCUUAAUCAUUUCCUGGGUUACUGCCGUCGCUGUGCUGCACGGUAACUCUUGCACCGGGGCCGUCACUGGCACCAUGUACCAGGACUACCCGGGUGUGCCCUCCGGCAUUCAGAACGGACUGACGAACUUUCCGCGCUACAGCUUGCAGGAGGGGGUCGUUUUCUCUAUUGUCUCGUGGGUCAUCGUACUUUGCGCCACCGUCUUCAACCUUCGAGUGCCGUGGUUGUAG